AUGGGCACGCCGGAUCGUCACAUGGGCGGACAGCUGCAGGGCCAAAUAAACGCCAAACUUCCUUCGAACAACAGUAUUCUCCCACUCUCUGCAGCCACGAUGCCCUCAGAACCCGAGCCAGAAAGGAUGCGGAAUACCGUCAAGCCCGAAGAUGACGAACGCCUCGAACCACUCCGCUUCUCCCCCGAAGAGGAAGCCUCGUUAGUCUCUGAGUCCAAUAACCAGAAAGCAAGUGCCAACACGCGCUUCACGAGCGGAGCCUACUCAGAAGCCAUCCAGGGCUACGAAGGUGCACUGUCAGCAUGUCCGAACUAUCUAGAGUACGAGGUCGCUGUCCUACGGAGCAACAUUGCGGCUUGUCACCUUAAGCUGGCAGACUGGAAGGCGGCAAUAGCGGCGGCUACAGAAGCUCUUGAGGCGUUGGAUAGGCUGGACCCGCCUGCGAAGAAGCCGGGAGGGAAGGAGGGUGAGGGUGCAGUGGAGGAAGUGGAUGAGGAAACGGCAGACAAGAUCGAGGCGUUGGCAAAGAGCGGCAGGACGAGGGACGAUGUACAGAGGAUCAGGACUAAGGCGCUGUUGCGGAGAGCAAAGGCACGAUUGGAGACGGGUGGAUGGGCUGCUCUGCAAGGCGCAGAUGAAGACUACAAACAACUCGCCUCGAUGCCGAACCUCUCGCCACUGGACAGGAAAAGCGUCGACUCAGCACUACGAACGCUGCCGCCACGGUUAGCAGAAGCCAAGCAGAAGGAAAUGGGCGAGAUGAUGGACAAGUUGAAACAGCUGGGUAACGGAAUACUCAAGCCAUUCGGUUUGUCUACCGACAACUUUAACAUGGUUAAAGAUGAGAAGACUGGUGGGUACAGCAUGAACUUUAACCAGAACAAGUAG